AUGACUUUUCAUUGGACCAUUAGACAUGUAUACCCAACUUGUCCAUUCAGGGGUGAUUUUUGUGCAGCUUUAUUGGCAAUGGACAAUGGACUUCUAUGUCCAAUGAUCAAUUCAUGUAAAAAUAUGUUUGAAUAUGGUGAUCAAUGUGAGGAUAUUCUAAACCAAACAAUCUUAAAUGGAAAGUGUUUUUUAGAUGCUGGUAUUGAUGUUGAUGAACUUCCUGCAUCACCUUAUGCAAAACUUUAG